AUGGAAGCAUCGGUGCUACGAGAUUACGAGCAGCGGAUCAAAGACCUGGAAGCUACCAAUCUAGCUCUGCGUGAUAAACUGCUAGAACAUGACAAAUUGCGUAAAGUCUACGUGGAAGAUCUCAAUGCGAUGAAGCGUUCGUUGGGAAGCCUGCAAACUCUACUCAUGAAGUGCCGGGCAGACAUUCUUUGCCACGAGAUGCUAACGCCAUCCGAAGACCUCAACAUGCUCCCCGUACCCGAUACGCUGGCGAGCGGGGCCACAAAUAUGGAGGUUGUAUCACUGCAGGCCCAGCUGGAGGUUUGCAAACACGAUUUGACCGAACAACGGGCCGCCUAUCAGGAGCUCCUGAUUGAGAAGAAUCGUAUAACGGCCGAGUUGCAGGUGAUGCUACAAAGAAAUCACCAACUUUCGAUGGACAACGCGCACACGUUCCGAGAGCGCCCGAAGCGCGGCAGCAUCAAGCUGUACGGUACAUCGCCCGGCAUUUUCGAACGUCUCGUGGAACCGUGUCCCCACUGCAACAAUGUUUUCGGCGAUUUUGUGACGCUCGAAACACACAUUAAAGAUUGUCCUGGGCUCGAUUACUAG